CGCCUGCUUGUGAGCUGUUUACAUGUGUGAGUUCCUGGUCGAGCCGCAGCUCCGCAGCUGGGUCCUCAGGAUGAUCAAGACCGAGAAGGUUCUGCACCUGAAGAGCAGCCGGGGCCGGAAGGUUCGGGUGGUCCGGGAGCACUACCUGAGGGAGCGGGUCCCCUGCUUCAGCUCUCUGUGCCAGGCGGACUGUGAGAAGGAUGGUAAAGUUCUGCCUGGAGAUCUCACCCACUACGUGGUGCCAGAUGCUGAGGUGGUGGUGAACUACCUGGAGGUUCUGGAGUUCCCGGAGUUGCAGGGGGUCGUGAUCACGCAGACGGCCUGCCAGGCUCUGCACAGCAAGGGACGCAGGUUCUACAACCGUCUCAGGAAUCUGCUGAAAGACCCACGCCAUGACUGCGUCCUGUUUGCCAACGAGUUUCAGGAGUACUCCUACUGUCCAAGAGAGAAAGGAGAGAGCCAGGAGAAGUGGCAGACCAGGUGUGUGUACGCCGCUGCAGUCUGGUACUACAACCACCUGGCUGGACUGAUGAACAUCGUGAUGAUCACGGAGGACGAGGAAGCGGUGUCUCGAUUCAGCAGCCUCAACUCUGGAGUUUUUGUCAUCAGAGUCCAGGACUAUUUGCAGAACUUCUGGCCGGAGCUGAAGGCUGCCCAUGAGCUCUACAGCGCCAUCACUCAGGUUCUGCAGGAGAAGGAGGGCGAGGACUCUCAGAGAGAGUUUUCAGAACAUCUGCCUGCUGAGGUCCUGGAGGCAGGGAUCAAAUCUGGACGCUUUAUUCAGGGAACUCUGAAUGUGAGCAAACAUCGGCCACAGAAUGAAGCUUUCAUCACAAACCAGGGUCUGUCCACCAAGAACCCAGAUCUGAGCAGCGGUGUGUUGGUGUUUGGUUCUAAGAGUCGAAACCGAGCCGUGCACGGCGACACGGUGGUAGUGGAGCUGUUGCCAAAGAGCGAGUGGAGAGGGAAGGUCACCGCGCUGACUGAGAGACAGGUGGACGAGAAGAGCGGGGACGAGAGUGAGACUAAAUCCAUGCCGACAGGUCGCGUUGUGGGAAUCCUGCAGAGAAACUGGAGGGACUACGUGGUGACCUUUCCCCCCAGGGACGGGACCCAGUCCCAGAGCAGGAACUCCCAGCGCAUCCUGGUCAUACCCUGGGACCGCCGGAUCCCCAAGAUCCGGAUCAGCACCCAGCAGGCUGACGCUCUCCAGGACCACAGGUUGGUGGUGCGGAUCGACUCCUGGCCCAGCACGUCUCUCUACCCCAACGGACACAGCGUGCGGGUUCUGGGCCGAGCUGGAGAGCUUGAGACCGAAGUCCAGACCAUCCUGAUGGAGAACUGCAUCCAUGUGCCUCCGUUCUCAGAAGCACAGCUGAGAGAGAUGCCGGUGAAUUCCCCGGAGAAUCCCUGGACGGUGGAUCCUGCUGAGGCAGCGGAGCGGCGGGACCUCAGGGAGACCCACCUGGUGUUCAGCAUCGACCCGCCGGGCUGCGAGGACGUGGACGACGCGCUGUCGGUGCGGAGCCUUGCAGGUGGGAAGCUCCUGGAGCUGGGAGUCCACAUCGCCGAUGUCACUCACUUUGUCAGCGAGGGCUCGCUUACCGACCUUGAGGCCCGAUCCAGAGCCACCACCUACUACCUGGCGGACCGCCGACAUGACAUGCUGCCAGCUGUGCUCAGCGCUGACCUCUGCUCCCUGCUGGGUGGAGUCGACAGGUACGCCAUGAGCGUCCUGUGGGAGCUGGAUGCUCAAAGCCUGGCCGUCACCAAGGUCUGGUUCGGUCGAACCCUGAUCCGGUCCUCUUACCAGCUCCACUACGAGCUGGCCCAGGCGCUGCUGAACAGGAAGGAGGCCGAAGUUCCCGAGCUGGCCCGGCUCGACCCCGAGGAGCGGGACACCAAGCUGACAGAGCUUACGGAGGCGCUGGAGAAGCUGACGCACAUCGCCAGACACCUGCGGGCCCAGAGGGACCGAGGAGGAGCGCUGGAGCUGGAGGGAGUGGAGGUCCGAGCCCAGCUGGACGAGGAGAAGAACAUCACUGCGCUGGUUCCCCGUCAGCCCCUGGAGGUCCACGAGACCGUGGCAGAGUGCAUGAUCUAUGCCAACCAAUGGGUGGCACGCAAAAUCCAGGAAGUUUUUCCCUAUCAGGCUCUGUUGAGGCGUCACCCGCCGCCACGACAGGAGCUGUUCAGCCAGCUGGUGGACACGGCCCAGGCCAGAGGGUUCGUCAUGGACACCAGGACCAACAAAGCCUUGGCUGACUCUCUGGACCGAGCCGUGGACCCCCAGGACCCGCUGGUGAACAGGCUCAUCAGAAUGAUGGCCACCCAAGCCAUGUCCCAGGCUGUGUACUUCUCCACUGGUGCUCAGCCCGAGGACCAGUACUACCAUUAUGGUCUUGCUCUGGACCGCUACACUCACUUCACCUCCCCGAUCCGCCGGUACGCCGACAUGGUGGUCCACCGCCUCCUGACCGCCGCCCUGCAGGUGGAACAGGGGGCGGAGCCUGCCAAAACACCAGCCGGUAAUAAAGACGUGGAGGAGCUGGCUGAGCACAUCAACAACAAGAACCGGGCGGCCCAGCGAGCCCAGAACCUUUCCAUCGGAUUGUUUCAGUGUCUCUUCUUCAAAGAACGGGAUCCUGAGAUCGACCCGCGCUGCGUGGCUGACGGCAUCAUCUACGCCAUCCGAGACAACGGCGUCUUGGUCUUUAUCCCAGAGUAUGGCGUGAAGGGCCCCGUCUACAUGAGGAACAAAGAGGGCCGGGUGGUGUCGGCAGGGCCAGACGGUACUUGCGAGUGGCAGACCGGAUCCGUUCGGCGGUACACGGACCACAUCAUCACCACGUCUGGAAGCGGCAGCGCCACCUUCAGGCUGUUUGACCACAUCACAGUUCGGAUCUCCGUCCUCUCCACAAACUGCCAUGCAGACACCUUGAACCUGGAGGUCGUCAGCAACAAGCCGCACCGCAGCGCGGCGCCACAGCUGCCCAGCUCACACGGACGCAGCCAGCUGGUCCAGGAGGUGGUGCGGCUCGCCGAGGAGGCGCAGGAGAAGGCGGUGCAGCGACCAAAACUCCCCAGGGAAGAGAGGGAGUUCCAACAGAGCAAAGCUCCUAACCUGUACUCCAUCCUGGAGGAGAUCCGAGAGUUGGCCCUGAUGGACCUGGAGACAGCUUCACGGGUCUGUGCAACAACAGCUUAGAGGAGCUGCUGCAGGGGUUUUGGACCGCCCGGCUGCGGCGGCACAUUUGUUUCCGGGAUAAAGAUGAAAUGAUUUUAGCUUGUUUGCUUCUGGUUUGUUAAAAAUGUUCUGAUGUUGAUGUUGGACUCUGGAAAUGAGACAAAGUUGUCCUGCAGAUUUUUUUACAUCAGAACCUUCCGAUACAAGACGAGACCAAUGGUAGAACUAACAUUAAUGCUGACCCGGUUACAUUUAAAACUAAUUGUUUAUUAUCAUUUUUAUAUUAAAACAACUGAAACAAAG